ACGUAGCCCGGAAGUGCUAGUGUGUCACACUGAAAGCGCCCCCGGCGGACUCUUCAAUGGAGUGUCUGUGAGCUGAAAGUUCGAAGCAAGAAAACAAACCCUACAUUUAAAUUCAUGUAUCUACAAGCAAAGUCCACAUUUAAGCACUGCAGCAGGAAGGAUGUCAGAUGUUGUGAACCAGUCCUGUCUGACGGGAGCAGAAGACACCAUCUCCUUCCUGGUGUGUGUCCUUCAUGUGUGUGAAGAGUGGGCGGGUCUAGGCCAGGUGGAGGACUACCUGAGUGUGUUGGAGUAUCUGUUGUGGGUCUUCACCCCUCUGGCAGUGGUCUUCAUCCUGCCCUUCCUCAUCGUCAUCCUCCUCUACCUCUCCAUACUCUUCCUUCACGUCUACAAGAGGAAGAACCAGCUGCGGGAGGCCUACUGCAACAACCUGUGGGACGGAGCGAGGAAGACUCUGGCCACCCUGUGGGACGGACACGGAGCGAUAUGGCACGGCUACGAGAUCCACGGCAUGGAGAAGAUCCCGGCCCAAGGAGCGGCACUGAUCGUGUACUACCACGGAGCCAUCCCCAUAGACUACUACUACUUCCUGGCCAACGUCAUCAUCCAGAAAGGACGCACCUGUCACUCUGUGGCCGACCACUUCCUCUUCAAGAUACCAGGUCUGAAGUUGCUGCUGGAGGUGUUCAGUGUGAUGCACGGCCCCCAGGAGGAGUGUGUGCAGGCCCUGAGGAGUGGCCACCUGCUGGGCAUCUCACCAGGAGGGGUGAGGGAGGCUCUGUUCAGUGAUGAGACUUACCCUCUUCUCUGGGGCAAACGCAGCGGCUUUGCCCAGGUGGCCAUCGACUCCCAGGUGACCAUCAUUCCCAUGUUUACACAAAACCUGCGAGAAGGCUUUAGGUCUCUGGGCACACUCAGAUUCUUCCGCUGGUUGUACGAGAGGUUUCGUCUUCCUGUAGCUCCCGUCUACGGUGGAUUUCCAGUGAAGUUCCGGACAUUCCUUGGCGAUCCGAUCCCGUAUGACCCGGACAUAACUGCAAAUGAGCUGGCAGAAAAAGUGAAACAGUCCGUCCAGGGUCUGAUAGACAAGCACCAGCAGAUCCCAGGCAACAUCCUGAGAGCUCUUCUGGAGAGGUUCCACAGCAAGUACAAAGACAAGUAACUCCUUCCUAGUCUUGGUGGGAAAUGAAGGAGCAGACUGUUCAGUGCCUGGAGGUGAAGCACAAGACCUGCUGGGGACUUGGAAGUCCUCAAUUUAAAGCACCGGUGUCAAACUCAAGGCCCGUCACUUCAUUUAAUGUGGUCUAUCACUUCAUUUGAUGUGGUCUGCCACAUCAUUUAAUGUGGCCCGUCACAUCAUUUAAGGUGAUCUUCCACAUCAUUUAAUGUGGCCCGUCACAUCAUUUAAGGUGAUCUGCCAUAUCAUUUAAUGUGGUCUGCCACUCAUUUAACUUGGCCUUCCACGUCAUUUAAUGUGGCCUGCCACUUUAUUUAAUGAACGUGGUCUGUCACAUCAAGUCUGCCACUCAUUUAUAAUGGCCUCUCACCUCAUUUAAUGUGGCCCGUCACAUUAUUUAAUGUGGUCUGCCACAUCAUUUAAAGUGGCCUGCCACUCCAAAUUAAUAUGGCCCGCCACAUCAUUUAAUGUGGUCUGCCACAUCAUUUAAUGUGGCCUGCCACAUCAUUUAUUUGGCCUGCCACAUCAUUUAACAUGUCCUGCCACCUCAUUUAAUGAGGCCUGCCACUUCAUUUAAUGUGGU